UCCUUAUACUUCACCUGACAAAACCAUGGGAGGCCAGAAUUUUCUUAAACAGAGAGAACCAGCGGGGCAGAAACUUCUCCUACCAGAAGAGAAUCCUGGAAUGAAAUGCAAAGAUUGUGGGGCCUUUGGACACACUAUAAGAAGCAGGAAGUGCCCUAUGAAGUGUUGGGAUGGGGCCAAGGCACCACAACCCUUGGGUGUAAAGAUGGGAAAGGAGAACCGGGACUCACGGAAGCCGCAGAACCCCCAGAGUCCUAAGCUAGUGAUUGAGACAGAGGAAGAGAGAAGAGAGAGAGAAAGACAAGAGCAGCAGAGGAAGGCUCUCCUGCUCAAAUUUCCCAAGAAACCUUCAGAGAGGAAGCAGAGCUGGAAGGAUACAACACAUUCUGGUGACUAUCUAAGGCGUCCAAGCAGACCUAGUUUCAUCCAUAUAAACAAAAAAGUAUCCCUGAACCGCCCUCAAAAUAGUCUACCAUUACGUGAGACAUCUAAUGGGCAACUUGUGUCCCAUAUAGCACCUUCCACAGAAGAUCCUAAUAUUAUCUUCCCACUUGAAGAAGAUGAAAGUCAGACCUUGGAUGUCCAUAAAAUGUCAAAAACAGCAUUUGGGCACAGUGAUGAGAACCCAACUUUCAGUGAGAAUCCAGCAGACCAAAGCACAGAGCAUUGCUUCCAUCAAAUUCCCCAGGCUGUCUUCAACAUGCAGAGAAUGGGCCACAUGGUUAAUACUCAGUCACCAGGCCAGCAUUUUGAUGAGAAUAAACACUGGCAUCUGUAUUCUGCAGCACAUACAGCUACCCGGGAUGCUGAACUCAGCUUCAAAGUAACCAAUGGGAGAAAUUUCCAGGUCUGCAACCAGAAUAUCCAAAAUUCUUUAAAGAAAUGUCAACUAAGCCCCUACCAAACACCCCAGAAAAGCACUAAAACUUCUAUGUUCGGGGCUUUCCAUGCUGUGCCAUGUUCUAGUACCAGUGGAGUUGAACCAAAAGAGUUACCUCAAGGGAACAGCAUUGAACAGCUUCCACAAAACACAGCUCUCCUGAAUGUCACCCAGCCUCAUACUGAGACUCAUAUUAGCCAUGUUCCAGUCCAACCCCUUCGAAUGCUCUUCACUAGAUUGGCAAAUGACUGCUGGAGCUCCAAGAUCUUGUAAGCUUCUGCAUCCAAUCCUCCUGAAAAGAAAGUAUCUCCUGAUAAGAUCUCACCCUCCCAGAAGCUGUGUGAGGGAUUAUACCCCUGGGGGCACUGACUAUCUUCAUAAAUAACGUUCCAACCUCCUCCUUUGAGGAAAAUAAAUGAGAACAAGACCAUAUGCAAAGAGAGAUUGUUUUCAGCCUCAGAGGAGCUUGUGGAAACUGUUCAAUGGAGAAGAGAAGAGCAGAGGAAGCUGACUGAGCCAGUUGAUUCAGGUUUUUGGGACAGUGAAGCAUAUUAACUGGCAAGGUACCAUCAACAGAACGACAGACACAGCUGCUAACUGUUCAGAUCACAUAAAUUGCACUUCAGAUGGAGCUUAUUCC